AUGAAGAUAAGAAUGUGCCAAGGGGUUGGUGGCAUCAUCAUAAUCACAAUGGUUACCAGUUUUAUGUUGAUGUACAACAGCAGCUCUGGUGACAGACCAUCUGCGCCAUCACCACAAUCAUCACCAUCUUCCCACCGUUUACAUGCUCCUGCUUCAGCUAUGAAAAAGCCAGAGAGACCAAAGAAACUUCCAACAUGGACACUUGAAGGGUAUACAGGUGUUAUGGAUCAUAAGCCUCUGAGGAUGCACUGCACGACUUGUGCCCUGGUGACCAGCUCAGGCCAGCUAACUGAGAGCAAGAGGGGAGAAGACAUUGAUCGCUCUGAGUGUGUCAUCCGUAUGAAUGAUGCUCCCAGUGUUGGCUAUCAGCGGGACGUUGGCCAACGCACAAGCUUACGCGUCAUAGCUCACUCUAGCCUACAGAGGGUACUGAGGAGCCGGCAGGAGCUGUUUAACGCUAGUCAAGACACUGUGUUCAUCUUCUGGGGACCAAGCAACGGCAUGAGACGAGAUGGAAAAGGCCACGUUUACAACAACCUGAAACUGUUAAAGCAACUACUGCCCAAACUCAAUGUCUACAUCAUUUCUCGGAUUAAGAUGCAGAAGUUUGAUGAACUAUUUAAAAAUGAAACAGGAAUUGAUAGGAAGAGUUCCAGCUCCUGGCUGAGUACUGGCUGGUUCACCAUGGCCAUAGCCCUGGAGCUGUGUGACAGGAUCAACGUGUACGGCAUGGUGUCCCCCGACUCCUGCAGAUCCCCCUCCCGUCCCUCGGUGCCAUAUCAUUACUAUGAGCCCUUGGGAGCAGCCGAGUGUUCCAUGUAUCUUUCCCACGAGAGAAGCCGACGUGGAGGCCACCACCGUUUCAUAACGGAGAAGACAGUGUUUGCAAACUGGGCCCGAACCUUCAACAUCCACUUUUACCAGCCAGACUGGAAGCCUGCUGCUGGCAUCAUCGGCAUGAACAUCUCAUACACUCCGACUGUAUCCUGA